UUUAAAUUUAAAUAAAAACAAUCAAUGUCCAGCAAUAAAGAAUAAAUCAAGGCUGAAAUUGAUGAGAAUAGAAAGAAAUUAGCUGAAAAAUUUGGAUAAACUAAAAUGGGUAGCACUUUGGCCAGAAGAAAGCAUAAAAAUGUUCACUAAACUUAAGUACGUAAUGGAAAUAAUCAUAAUAGAUAAAUGACGAUAAGAAGCUUAAAUAAGUUAUUAAGAAAUUUGGAGUACAAUAAUUAGGGAAUAUUGAUGAAGUCAACUUUUUCAAAGAUGAUAAUACAAUUAUUCACUUUUCAAAACCAGAAGUCCAAGCAGCUAUUGGAAGCAAUACAUUUGCCAUUUUUGGAAAUCCUGAAACAAAAAAGUUUGCAGAGUUGAUGCCUGAAAUUUUGAAUCACAUUGGACCAAACUAAAUGAGUCUUCUUUAAGAAUUAAUGAAAGAAAAUUAGAAUAAGGUACAAAAUUUUUAAAUUUUUAAGGAAAAAGUUGAAAAAAUUGCUGAGGCUGAUCAAAAAGAGGAAGAUGAUAUUCCUGAUUUAGUGUAAGGAUAAAACUUUGAAGAAGCAAGUAAGAAAGAAUGAGUUACAAUAUAAUAUAUUAUGUAUACCAUCC